AUUUUGAAUCAGACUAAAGAAGAAUGUAGAAAAAAAAUGUACAACACUUAACCGCGGAUCAGUACGCCGGUACGGAGAUCUUGGUCGUUUGAUCGUCGCUCAAUGUCGAGAUACACGGUCGCAGGUAGUCGCCCUCUACUACGUUCGCACAUAAGAUUGGUUCGUGCGUGUAUGGUAGUUUGGUAGUAGUCGCGACGCUGCCGAGAGCAGCUGAAGUGCGUGCACGUCGUUCUUCGUGAUCUCGGGACACAGUGUUUCACAACGUAUGUAUGUGUAGAUCCAUUUCUCGUGGAAUUUCGCGUGCUUACGAGAAAAAAGUGUCGGGAAAUAUUAAAAAUCGACAAGAUUGGAUGUGAUUUGCGAUGUGAUAAAACUGUGGCGACCUUGGCGGGACGAUGGAUAACCGAACAACGUGUACAACAACAAGCUUCUAUUGAAUCGGGCGAACGAAAAAAGAAUUGCAACAAUGGGACACUUGACCGGGAGGGCAAAACACGAGAAGAAGAAGCGGUCGUUUUAAGAGGGUGGCUGCCAUGGAGAGAUGGAAAUGGAUUGUUCCACUGCUCGCGGUCUUUUGGACCUUAACCGAUGCGUACCUGGCGGUGGUGUCCUCGAACACACCCGCCGGUAGCGUGGUUUUCGAGGCAGGUGUACCGCAAUUGGGUGGCCGUCGAAAGUACGAGGUCUCGAGCGAACGAACCGCCUGGUUUGCAAGAAAACUACUCAAGGUGCAUCCUCACACCGGUCGUGUCACAUUGGCGCGGCCAUUGAGCUGUGACGGCCUUCAAUAUCCACGAAUCUUCACCUUUUACGUGGAUUCGACCAGUUCCAGACUAGGCAGACCGACGAUCGACUAUUAUAGCUUGCCACUUAGGAUCCUGAUCACAGGUUGUGGUGGGGAGAACCGAGAUCUAGCUGCCACCAGAGGAUGGACGGCAGAGACAUUAGCCUCGUACGCUAUGCCCAGCACCGAGAGAUUCACCGAGGUUUGUCUUAGAACAUCGCAAUUAGUCGCGGCGUUACGAGAUUUCCUUCCUCAGACUGCUUUGAAAGAGUGCGAGACAAGAUGGGGCGGUGUAGCGGAUCCUAGGUUUCUGAUCGAAGGUGCAGCAGGCGAUUUAGUUUCAGCAACGGAACAGUGUCUAGUGGAUCCUCUUUGGAAAGUGUCUGUAUCGAUGAAUCUAAGAUGCGGAAUGGAAUCACGGUUAACCGAUGCCGAGCAUCGUCUCAAGAUCGUUUUUCAUCACCGUCAAUUGGACGACACGGAUCUAGGUCGACGAGUCCGAAGGGAAUUGAAAAAUCAGUCUCCCUAUUUUGAACAAUCCCUGUACGUCGCAGUCGUUGAAGAGGAGAAAGAGCCCGGCGUGUACGUAACAUCUGUUCGGGCCAGAGAUCCAGAAGGUGGAACAGUUCGUUAUUCAAUGAGUUCUCUGCUCGAUGCACGAUCACAAGCGCUGCUGGUAUUGGAUCCUGUCACAGGAAGAGUCACCACGCGAGCCAGAUUGGACAGAGAAAGCGUGGACGUUCAUUAUUUUCGGGUACUCGCCGUCGACGACUCGUUUCCUCCGAGGACAGGUACCACUACGCUGCAAGUUAACGUUCUUGAUACGAAUGAUCACGCCCCCAGUUUCGAGUGGCCAGAGGAGGAAGCUUCCAUCAGAGAGGGCGUACCGGUAGGCUCGACGGUGGUGACGGUGAAAGCUACGGACCAGGACGCUGGCAGAAACGCCGAGGUCGAGUAUUCCAUCUUGUCCACGACUAGUAGCAGUGGAACCGCGACUACCGAGGAUGCGUUGAUCUUCAGGAUAGAUCCGAGAACCGGUGUGGUCACGACGCGUACGCCUCUCGACAGGGAAAAAACCGAAGUGUACACGGUUAUUCUGAGCGUGUCCGAUCAGGCGACGCCACCAUCCGCGCGAAAAACCGCAAAUGCAACACUGGUGGUCCGUGUGCUGGACGAUAAUGAUAAUUACCCUCAAUUCACCGAGCGUACCUAUUCAGCUUGGAUACCAGAGGAUUUGGAUUACACGGCGAAUCCAGUGAUAGCGCGUAUACGCGCCACGGACGCUGAUUCCGGGAACAACGCGGCUGUUCGAUACGCCAUAAUUGGUGGAAAUACUCAGAAUACGUUUUCGAUAGAUUCCAUGAUCGGUGACGUUGCCCUCGUCAAACCUCUCGACUACGAGUCCACCAGGAGUUACAAGAUAGUAAUACGCGCACAAGACGGUGGUUCACCAGCCAGAUCGAACACCACGCAGCUGUUGGUACACGUGGGAGACGUUAACGAUAAUGCCCCACGAUUUUACACCAGCCAUUUUCAAGAAUCUGUUUCGGAGAAUGUGCCCGUAGGAUACUCGAUCCUGAGAAUACAAGCGUACGAUGCCGACGAAGGCGCGAACGCCCAAAUAAAGUACACGAUUGGAGCUCGAGACUUCACGGGUGCCUCUACGGAGAACUUUCCCAUAACUGUGAAUACGGAGACUGGAUGGCUUUAUACGACGAAACAGCUGGAUCGUGAACAAUGUUCUAGGUACCAGUUCACCGUGAUCGCUGCAGACUCGGGCGAAAUAUCGAAAUCUGCAAGCGCCACCGUAAUACUCACCGUGACGGACGUGAACGACAACGAUCCCUAUUUCGAUCCAAAGAAUUACGAAUCGGUUGUUUCCGAAGAUGACCCGCCAGGCACUCCGGUUACUUCUGUCACAGCAACCGACCCGGACGAGGACGCCAGGAUACACUACGAAAUUACCGCGGGCAACACUAGAGGUCGUUUCGCGAUCGCGUCUCAAAAUGGGCGGGGUUUGAUAACCAUAGCCCAACCGCUCGAUUACAAACAAGAGAAAAGGUUCGUUUUAACGGUGACCGCCUCGGACAGCGGCGGCAGAACCGACACGGCUCUCGUCUACGUGAAUAUUUCGGAUGCGAACAACUUUUCACCCGUGUUCGAGAACGCGCCCUAUUCCGUUUCCGUGUUCGAGGACGCGCCCAUCGGCACCACGGUUCUCGUUGUCAGCGCGACCGACUCGGACGUUGGAAAAAACGCGCAAGUCACCUACAGUUUGGACACGGACAGCGGGGAUCAGGCGGCGUCCGAAUUUAUCAUAAAUCCCCAAACAGGGGCCAUCACGACCACCCGACCACUCGAUCGUGAACUCGUGCCCGCCUAUUUGCUAACCGUCACCGCCAGGGAUGGGGGGGUACCACCUUUGUCGGACACUACCGACGUGGAGAUAUCCGUUACGGACGUGAACGAUAACGCUCCUGUCUUCGAAGCCCCCCAAUAUCAAGGAUCCAUUCCGGAGGACGUUUUGGUCGGGACGAGCGUUCUCAGAGUUUCCGCGACCGAUGCGGAUACGGAUCUUAACGGGAGGGUGAGAUACGGUUUGGAGGACGAUGGCGACGGCGCAUUCGCCGUCGAUUCAACGACAGGGAUAAUCAGGACAGCGAAACCGUUGGACAGAGAAUCCGUGGGGAAAUAUGUAUUGAAAGCGGUCGCGAUGGAUCGUGGAUCCCCCUCUCUUUCCACCGUUGCGCCAGUUACCAUUAAGAUAGAGGACGUGAACGAUUCGCCGCCCUUCGAAAACGACAAGAUCAUCCUUUACAUAGCUGAAAACUCGCCCGUGGGAUCGACCGUCGGUGAAAUUUAUGCCCACGACCCGGACGAAGGGCCGAACGCUGUCGUCCAGUAUUCCGUGAUAGGGGGGGAGGAUUCCAACAGUUUCGCCCUGAAUGUCAGGCCGGGCGCGGAUCGUGCCGAAUUGAUCACGCUCGAGGAGCUGGACUACGAGUCGCCGAAGAAAAAGUUCGAAUUGGUCGUGCGCGCCGCCUCCCCCCCCUUGAGGUCGGACGCUCUGGUCCAGAUACUGGUAACGGACGUGAACGACAAUGCGCCGGUGUUGAAAGACUUUCAAAUAAUAUUCAACAACUUCAAGGACUUCUUCCCAACCGCCCCUAUAGGCAAGAUACCCGCCACCGACGCGGACGUCGCCGACAAGUUGACGUACACUGUCCUGGCUGGGAACAACGCGAAUCUGAUCGACUUGAACAGGACGAGCGGCGAGAUACGUCUCUCCCCUCAAUUGAACACCAACGUGCCACGAGUCGCGACGAUGGAAGUCUCGGUCACGGACGGUAUCAACGAGGUCAAGGCCACGAUGACCCUGUCGGUGCGCUUGAUCACCGACAAGAUGCUCCUCAACUCCAUCACCGUCCGAUUAGACGAUAUGACCGCCGAAGCCUUCCUCAGCCCUUUGCUCGGAUAUUUUCUCGACGGUUUGGCGGCCAUCGUCCCAUGCCCCAGGGAGAACAUCUUUCUGUUCAGCGUGCAGGAGGACGCUAACGUGAACGGGAAGAUAUUGAACGUGAGCUUUUCCGCGCGUAAGGUCGAGCCAGGCGUGACCGACGAGUUCUACAGCCCGCAAUUCCUUCAGGAGCGCGUCUACCUGAACCGAGGCAUACUGGCGAGGCUGGCCACGGUCACUGUGUUGCCGUUCGACGACAAUCUUUGCGUGAGGGAGCCCUGUCUGAAUUUCGAAGAAUGUUUAACGGUCUUAAAAUUUGGCAACGCCUCUGGAUUCGCGAGCAGCGACACUGUACUCUUCAGACCGAUAUACCCUGUGACCACGUUCGCGUGCAGAUGCGCAACAGGCUUCACUGGCAGCAAAGAGUCGUACCUGUGCGACACGGAGGUAAAUUUGUGCUACUCGAAUCCGUGCGUGAACGGGGGUACUUGUUACAGAAGGGAAGGCGGAUACGCGUGCUCGUGCAGCCCGGAAUUUGCGGGGGAGAAUUGCGAGAUCUCGCUGGACAGGGACACCUGCGCCCAAGGAGUUUGUAAAGGAGGCUCCCAGUGCACCAUGAAAACCACGGGCGGUUUCACUUGCGAAGGGUGUCCGGUCACGACUCUAGAGAACGUGACGCCUCUCUGCGAGCUGAAAGCUCGCAGCUUCGGCCCGGCAACGUUCCUCACGUUUCCCUCUCUCAGGCAGAGGCACAGGCUGCACGUGAGGCUGAGAUUCGCCACCGAGGCGGCGAAUGGCCUUCUCCUUUACAACGGCCGGUACAACGAGAAACACGAUUUCGUAGCUCUGGAAAUAAUCGAAUCCGAGGUAGAGUUCAGCUUUUCGCUUGGCGACGAGAUCACGAGGACCAGCGCCAGCAUACCGGGCGGUGUUUCCGACGGCCAGUGGCACGAGGUCGAAGUUUCUUACAUAAACAAAACGGUGACCAUCUCGCUGGACAAUUGCGACGUCGCCCUAGCGUUGGAGCACGGCGACAGACUGGGCAGAAGGUGGUCCUGCGCCGGGAGGAGCGAGCAAGUGUUGGAGGAACGUUGCGGCAUCGUGACCGAGACUUGCCACCGCUUCUUAGACCUGACAGGUCCGCUCCAGUUGGGCGGCCUGCCCGCCAUACCGUCCAGCUUUCGCGUCAGGAACAAAGACUUCGUCGGUUGCGUUAGCGACCUCUACAUCGACCACGUCUUCGUCGACCUGAACUCGUUCGUGGCUGACAACGGGACCAACCCUGGCUGCCCAGAGAAGGCCACGUUUUGCUCGUCCUCGCCGUGCAAGAACAACGGCAGGUGCCGAGAAAUAUGGGCAGGAUUCGUUUGCGAGUGCGAGGAGAAUUUUGCUGGACCUACCUGCGCCGACGAGGUUGGCAAGCCGUGGAACUUCCACGGGGACGGGAUGAUCGGCUUCAACCCCUUGCUGAGACCCAUCCAACUGCCCUGGUUAACGGCCCUCAGCCUGAGAACUCGGUCGAAGCGCGCGUUCGUGAUGAGCGUGCAAAUCGGGCAGAACAGCUCUGCGCUGAUCGAAAUCCGUGAGGGGAAACUGGUCGCCCUGUUGGACGGGGCGGAUAUAAUGCAAACGUUGAACGAGGUCGCGGACGGCGAGUGGCACAGAGUGGAGAUCGUGUGGCAGAGCGGUCACGUUUCAUUGGAUAUCGAUUACCGCGGCCGACCCACGUUGUCCGCGUUGCCGGCCAAAUUGCAGGGUUUGUACAUAGGCAGAAUCCUGGUGGGCGGGCCGGAACAGUCGAUGAACAUCGAGCUGCCGUAUUUCGACGGGUGUCUCCAGGACAUACGCGUCGGCAGUAAUCAGAGCGUGUUGCUGCGACCGACCGUGCAGGAGAACGUCGCGACAGGCUGCAGUUCGGAGGCUGAGUGCAACGUAGACUGUCCAGAGGCAUCGAUCUGCGUGCCCAAGUGGAAGGCGGGCGAGUGCGUUUGCGCGACAGGCCGGGUAGGACGUAAUUGUGAGCGCGUUUGCGAUUUGAAUCCUUGCAACAACACUGGCGCCUGUAUCGAAGACGCGACGUCUCGCAGAGGGUAUCGAUGCGAGUGCAAUUCGCCCGAGUAUUCCGGGACUUAUUGCGAAAUUAAGGCCGACCAACCCUGUCCGGCGACCUGGUGGGGCUCGCCGGUUUGCGGGCCUUGUCACUGCGACGAGUCGAAAGGCUACGAUCCUGCUUGCAACAAAACUACGGGCGAGUGUUAUUGCAAGGAGAACCACUAUCAACCUUCUGGUAAGAAAGAGUGCAUCCCUUGCGAGUGUUACGCGACUGGAAGCUUUGGUCCUCGCUGCGACACCGAGACCGGCCAGUGUCGGUGUCGAGUAGGGGUCAUUGGACGAUCUUGCACAGCGUGUCCUAAUCCAUACGCCGAGGUCACGCUUCGUGGCUGCGAGGUGGUGUACGACGGUUGCCCCAGAUCCUACUCCGAAGGAUUAUGGUGGCCGAGGACGAAAUUCGGGAUGAUCGCCGUGGAGGAUUGUCCCGAUACGGCCGAGGGAAAGACCUCCAGGUCUUGCGACGAUAAACUUGGCGGUUGGCAGGAGCCUGAUCUCUUCAACUGUACCUCGGAACCGUUUAUCGAGCAAAGGCAUCAACUGGCCGCGUUAGAAACGAAGGAAUUGACCUUGAAUACUUACGUCGCUGUGAAGAUAGCGAAGGAUGUGCACAGGGCAGUGAACGUGACGAAAGAAUUGUAUGGAGCCGAUUUGCUGGUCGCUGAAUCUUUGCUGGUGGCGUUGUUACGGUACGAAGAGAGUUUGGUCGGAUUAAAUUUGACUCACAGUCAAGAUAAGGAUUACGUCUCUUAUCUGGUUGGAAUUGCUAGCAACAUUUUAAAAAGCAAAUAUUUGGAAAAGUGGUCAAGGAUCGAGACUCUCAACGGUGAUACACCUGACAAAGUUUUGGAUGCAAUGGCAAAUUAUUUGAAAACCUUGACCGCGUCUCAACACGACACUUUCACAAAUCCUUUUGAAAUAGUCGAUAUUAAUGUAGUACUAGGUCUGGAUGUAGUAACUUCGGAGAGUUUGUUCGGUUAUGAGACGGCAGAAUAUACGGAGGAUCCAUCUGCAUCUACAGCAAGGCCAACCGAAGCGGAUCAGAAAGUUGUGUUACCCGACACUUCUGCGUUUCUGUCCUCACCUGCUCAUUUCGGCCCGUCAAUUACUUUCCCAAAAUAUAAUAAUUAUAUGGCCGAUCCGAAUAGAUUCGAUCCAUAUUCUAAAAUAAGAGUGCCUCUUGAUAUAUUAGGCAUUAAAACUUUAAUGCAAGGUGAAUUAAAUGUUAAGAAAAGUUUGGUGAAUCGAAAGGCUGUGUUGAGUUAUGUGCAAUAUAAGCAAUUAGGUGCCCUAUUGCCUCAGAGAUUUGACGAUUCUGUGACAGUUAGAUGGGGCGUAGAAGUAGCGGUAGGCUCGCCAGUCGUAACAGUAUCCGUUUUAGUUCCUUCCAAAGACGGUUACAUGUCUUUGACUGGAAUUCCCUUACAAUCUCCUGUUCAAAUUAGUCUUUGGCUCAACGAAAAAGACGAUAUUAAGACUAGAACUAAUCCGCAAUGCGUGCAUUGGAGUACAGCUAGGGGAAUGGGUGAAUGGAGUCGUAUGGGUUGUACUACGGAGAGUGAAGACGACUCUUUGUCUUUUGGAACGAUCGUAAAUUGUUCCUGUUUCCAAUUAUCCACCUUUGCAAUAUUGACGGAUGUACUCGAUCCAGAAUACGUCCCAGAACCAUCUUUAUUAGAAGAUGUAACGAGUUACAGUGCAUUUAUGCUUGCUUUACCCUUGCUGUUAUCCGCUUUACUUAUUUUGGCUUUGAUACGAGGUGGUGGCACAAAUUCAAACAGUAUUCAUAAAAAUUUGGUAAUGUGUGUUUUCUUUGCUGAAGUGCUCUAUUUGAUUGCACUCAAAGCUAGAAGUCCUCUAGUCUCGAAUGAAUUUCCAUGUAAAUUGACGGCAAUUGGUCUACAUUAUGCUUGGUUAAGCACAUUCUCAUGGACUUUAGUAGACUCCAUUCAUCUCUAUCGAAUGCUGACUGAAAUGCGAGAUGUAAAUCAUGGACAAAUGAGAUUUUAUUAUGCGAUGGGAUAUGGUGCUCCAGCUAUCAUAGUUGGAUUGACUAUCGGCGUUAGAGCCGAUCAAUACGGGAAUUUUUAUUGUACUUGUUGGUUGUCGAUUUAUGAAACUGUGAUUUGGUCUUUAAUAGGGCCGAUUUGCUUAGCAAUCUUUGUGAAUUUUUGUAUUCUCGUUAUGUCGAUACGAGCAGCUUUUACAUUGAAAGAACACAUUAUGGGUUUCGGGAAUUUAAGAACAUUACUCUGGUUAUCCGUAGCUUCGUUACCUUUACUUGGAUCUACAUGGACAUUAACGGUCCUCAAUGCAUCUGAAAAUUCGCCAACAUUAUCGUACCUGCUUAGUAUAGCAGUCGUUGUACAUGCAUCAUUUAGUUUGAUCGGUUAUUGCUUUAUCAAUGGCAGAGUACGAAGAAAUCUGUACUUAAGUCUAUUAAGAUGUAUUGGAAAAAAGACACCUUUGUUGGAGGGAAGUAUGGGAAAUGGAAGCAGUAGUCAAAAUGUAAACGGUCAUUCGCGAUCUGCAUUGGCAUAUUCGUCAACAUAUAGUGGAGCAGAAUCGGUGUGUAGAAGAGUUCAUGUAGGAGUUUCGACGAGUAGUACAACUUCACGAAGUACAAAUAAAACUGGGUCCAGCCCUUAUCGUAGUGAUACACAUUUAAGGCAUACAUCAACAUCCACGAGUAAUUACAAUAGCGAUAGAGAUCCCUAUUUAUCCUCUAGGAGUCAUCGGUCGACAUUACAUUCCAGACAAGAAACGACAGAACCAAGGAAUCAACGUAGAGAUUCCGAAUCGGAUUCAGACGGAUCCCAAGCCGAAGCUGGAGGACGAAGUUUAGAUCUUGCGAGUUCGCACAGCUCUGACGAGGAAGACGUCACGUCGAGAUCGCAUAGAAAUAUGGGUGUCUCGACGCAGCAGCCCGUCACGCACAGUUAUUUGCCUAAUAUACAUAGUAAUCCUACCGAACAUUUAAACAUACUUUGCUCAAAUACGGAACUAUUUCCAAAUAUCAAACCCAUUUACGCACCUAGAUGGAGUUCACAGUUACCAGAAGCAUAUUUAUCAUCAAACGCAAUGGACGUACGCGGAAGUCAAUGGUCUGGAGGUACCAUAUCCGAUAAUGAAAUGGCCUCGAAUAAAACUUCCAGUCCGAAUCCGUUGCCUUAUCCUGACAUGAAUUCACCUCAAAAAAGUCAACCGGAUGAAAAUUAUUCGGAAGGCGAAGAAAAACUUCAUCAUUUGGGAGAAAAAUAUUUGUUUCCAUAUACUGCCGAAGAAGAUCACACUGUCUCGCCUACUCCGUACAUGCUACCUAUGUCUUCCCGCAUUCUCGCGUCUAGCAUGAGUCAUCAUUCACAAAAUUCUAAUCAUGAAAAUAUGAGUGGUUCAGAAAGGUAUGGAAGCUUAAAGAGAGGACAAAGUUUACAUGGCUCUCAACACGAUAAUCUGAGCGGGUCGGAAAGAUACGGUAGCUUAAAGCGUGGUAAAAUAACACCAACUGUGCUAGAAGAUUCACCGGAAUAUAUUCUACCAAUGAGUGGUAGAAUAUUGUCUAGUUCAUUGACUCACGAUUUACAACAUAGCAAUGAAUUGGCUGCACUUCGACAGCAGCAACAGCAAUAUGAACAAACUAUCACAGAGACCGAGAAGGAUACUAAUGCGGAAACGUCAGUAUGAUGGUCUCCGUGCUACAAACACCGUACAAAGUAAUAUAACGUAUUAUUAGCUUAAAAUUUAAAUGAUUAAAAUAUAUAUAUAUAUAGAUAUAUAUAUUUCUUAGAGCGAAAAUAACUCUAAGAUAUAUUUUAAGAGCGGCCAUGACUGUACUUACAAAUUUAGCCAUAUUGAUUAGUAUGUAUGUGUGAUGAGUGCCUGUACGUAUCUAUAUGCAUACGCUUGUUGAUAGUUCAUUUUGUGUGAUUCCAGUUUCUGAAGUGAUUUUUUUUUUCGAUUUCUUCAUUAUGAUUAUCGUCGAUAUUGAUCGAUGAUAUCGGAUAGUCGGAAGACAAAUGAUCUCUAGUUCAUUUUCAUUAUUCAUGUAAUUAAUAUUAUUUUUCUAGUACCUUAAUUUCUAAACUCAGUAUUGUGCAAUGUAUACAUUCCAAUUCCAUUUUAUAUAUAUUUAGGUUCUAUUUUCUUUCUUUUUCAUUACUUUUUUUUUUUUUUUUUAAAGUAAAUUUACAUAUUAUAUUUUAUACAUGCCAUGGAAGAAGCGUACAAGUUUGCGGCGCAAUUUUCAUAGUUUUGUAUAUAUUUAUAUGAAAAAAAUGUGACAAAAUACAUAAUUUAUAUAUAUCCUU